UAAAGGUCGAGCGGAAGUUCCGGAAGUUUCCGGUGAUCUGUUUGAGUACGAGCUAUGGCCAAACAUCAUCCAGACUUGAUCUUUUGCCGCAAACAGGCUGGUGUUGCCAUCGGAAGACUGUGUGAAAAAUGUGACGGGAAGUGUGUGAUCUGUGACUCCUAUGUGCGCCCCUGCACCCUGGUGCGCAUAUGUGAUGAGUGUAACUACGGCUCCUAUCAGGGGCGCUGUGUGAUCUGUGGAGGCCCUGGAGUCUCUGAUGCCUAUUAUUGUAAGGAGUGCACCAUCCAGGAGAAGGACAGAGAUGGUUGCCCAAAGAUUGUCAAUUUGGGGAGCUCUAAGACAGAUCUCUUCUAUGAACGCAAAAAAUACGGCUUUAAGAAGAGGUGAUUGGUUGGGUGGCCUUGCCUCCCUUCAUCGGGCUGCCGCAGCCGCCAGAAAAGACACCCACUACCGCCAACAGGAAGGGAACGAAGCACAGCACCUUGCCCAAAUGCCCCUCAGUUCACUGGCUCCCUCCCGCCCCUUCCUCUCCUCUCACCCCCACGAGGCCGUAAAAACGGAAAAGGGUCGUCACAGAGGAUGCUGGUGGACUGUCAGAGAAAACUAGAUCAGUUCAUGGUUUUUCUUGAAUUCAAGAAGCAAGACUCUGUUUUCCACAUUGAUAAGUUCUCUACAUCAGGAGCUUUAAAACAGAAGUAGUACCAUGUCAGCGUUCUCGGGGAGUUGGCUGACGGUGCCCGUGCUCACAGCAGCUCUGACGGCAGUGGUGGGACAUCGAGGGGGCAGGGAGCCCGCGGAGCAGUCAACAUGGGCAUUUACUCUUGAUAACACUUGCUGGGUAGUGCUGGUUCGUGUUACUGUUUUUUAAGAAAAUGGAAAGCCCUUUCUGUUGUUAUUGUGUUAAUAAAGGAGGUGUUUAUUUUCUGGUA